CCCUGGUUCACGGACAUCAAAAUCACGUGAUCAUUUCCGGAUGCAGCGACAAGCGCCGUUCCGACUCGGCGACUCACUUAAAUUCCAUGUCAAUCACCGUCUCAUUGUACAACUUGGGUCUUGUACAGGCCAAGCAUAGCGAUGCCCAGGCUUCACGUGGGCCUUAUAUCGUCUCCAUGUCUGGCGGGACCAUCCAGGCUGUCGAGAGCGUCCAGCAAGAGUGCAUUGAACCGCGAAGCACCAAAUCGAGAUCCCAGGCGGAAUGCUUCAACCUCUAGCACUUCGACGACCCAAGAUGCUGAUUGGCGAUCAUGGCUGAAGCGUGCAUCUUCAUUUAACAUGAUACAAGACGGCUCAGGCAAGGGUAAAGCAUUGCUUUUUGCUGGUCUGGGCUCAUAUCCUCACACCCCUUAUUCGCCCACCCAAAGCUCCCUACAGAUCUGGGAGUCGGCUUCCGAAGCACUUCUCAAUCCCGAUGCGACCAUAGGGUAUUGGCCGAAAGGCAUGGAAGAGUUUGCGGAUGCUCUUAGGGGCGGUAUCGGCAUCAGGGGUUGGUUGCGAGGUUGGGUUGAAGGGAGAAGCUUGGAUGAGUUGAUGCGGCGGGCGGAUGUCACUGCCGCUUUCAUCUUGACAUCGUCUAUUGCCAUUCUCGCAAGUGCUCAGGAGACUGCAGGGUCAAGCUCUCUCUUACCCCGCGGAACUAUGUAUCUCGCUGGUCACGGAUUUAUCGGCACACUCACUGCUCUCGUUGCAGCGGACAGAUUGGACUUGCCUACCGGCGUACGCCUAGCGAUGAUGUACGCGUCCUUAUCACCCUCACCUUCGUCGUUACCCCACCUCAAGCCCAAAUUUCUCAGCACCGUCAUGUCCGCCAGGCAAUUUCAUUCUCUCUCGGGACCCUCGUACACUGUGCCACACGUCAAUUCGGACGAGGAUGCUGAAUCUCCCGACUCAUCUGCAGAGCGAAAGAGGGCGAUGCAGUUAAUAUUAGAUGAGGUCCACGGAAUGCAGAAAGGGUGGUGGGACAAGGGAGGGGAAGAAUGGGCAGCGCCUGCGAUCAUCAACUCCAGCAAAAUCCUGGUCCUAUCGGGCACGCAGAUGGCGGUGCUGGACGCUAUAGAGCGGCUCGAGGUCAUGGGAUUGGCAAAUCCAGUCAUUGACAUCCCUCAACCCUGCCCUUACCACACUCGUCUGAUGGAGCAUGCGAUCCCCAAGUUCAGAGAAACGUUGUCGCUGUGCCACUUUCGUGACCCUGAUCCUCAUGACGCGCAGAUGCAUGCUGGCACAGUCGGACCCAUCAUCCUGGAUCCCAUGGCGACUCAUCCGAUGGGUUCUAUCCGCUCAUCCCUGCUACCCCAUUUGACCGAACAAUUGAGGUGGCACAAGACGCUCUCAAGAUUGUACAAAUAUCCUUCGACUGAUAUUGAUACUUUCCACACCAUCGGACGUGGAGCGAGAGGACUGGGUAUCAUGCUACGUGGAGAGAUCAAAAGACGGUAUAAAGGUGCCGAAGAGAUCAAGGUGGAGGAAUUCGGUGUCAAACCGGGUGAAUCAGAUCGAGAGAAGUUGAUACGCAAGGCCGUGGCGUGAGAUCGAUCCAGAGGGCAAUGUUGUACUUCAGGAGCGAGCUGCUCAAUCCCAUGUAUUGUUCAUAGUCAGGUCGUCCAUGUCAAUGUUCCGAUCGGUCGAAUCCGGCUCAUCAGAGCACGUCUAAUAAAAUAAUGUUUCCGGCGGCGGCGGCAAAUGACAAGGAUGACGCAAAUCGAUCG